AUGUGGGAGGAAUCAUCGGGAGGGCGACGCUCGUUGCGACGAUGGCUGAACACGUUCCGGCAUAGACUCAGCAAACGGGGCCGAUCGAAACCGCCCGACAACUUUCUGGACAAAUUCUCGUCGACCACCGCCUCCGAAACGCGGUUGCACCAGGCCGCGGUGGCUCAGGCCCUUCCUUCGGAUGGGACCUGCAGCCGGCUGUCGGUCGAUCCGUCCCUGCCCUCGCAUUACCGGUGGCUGUCGGUGGUAUCGCUGGCUGUACUGUACAAUAUAGUGUUUGUGAUAGGACGUGCCGUGUUCUGGGAAAUCAACCGCCAGGCGCCGGCACUCUGGUGGACCUUAGACUAUCUUUGUGAUUUUAUAUACUUAGCCGACACGUUAGUGCAUUGUCAUGAGGGGUACCUGGAGCAGGGUUUGCUGGUACGUGACGCGUCCAAACUGCGGAGGCAUUACUUCUCCAAAGAGCGCUGGUGGCUGGACGUGGUCUCUAUGCUACCCACCGAUCUGGCCUACAUCUGGUGGGCGCCGAGUUCCUGCGCCGCGACUCGGCUGCCCUGCCCAAUAAUAGUUAGAAUUAAUAGGUUACUGCGUCUUCCAAGAAUGUUGGAAUGGUUCGACCGGACCGAGACGGCCACCGGCUACCCCAACGCGUUUAGGAUAUGUAAGGUCGUUUUAGCUAUCUUAGUACUAAUUCAUUGGAAUGCGUGUCUUUACUUCGCAAUAAGCUACGCGCUCGGUUUCAGCACCGACAACUGGGUGUACAACAUCAAUGGGGCGAAGAAUCUGACGCUGUCACGGCAGUACAUCUACAGCUUCUACUGGUCCACGUUGACGCUGACCACGAUUGGCGAGACCCCGACACCGGAGAACGACGCCGAAUAUUUGUUCGUCGUUGCGGAUUUUCUGGCCGGGGUGCUGAUCUUUGCAACCAUUGUCGGAAACAUCGGUUCUAUGAUAUCAAAUAUGAACGUCACUCGAGUGGAGUUCCAAAAUCGAAUGGAUGGUGUUAAGCAAUACAUGGCUUUCAGGAAAGUGGGCGGAGAAUUGGAAGCAAGGGUCAUCCGAUGGUUCGCAUAUACCUGGGCCCAGAGUGGUGCCUUGGACGAGGAACGGGUUCUUGCCGCUCUGCCGGACAAACUGAAAGCCGAAAUCGCCAUCCGGGUGCACAUGGACACACUAAAGCAGGUGCGAAUUUUCCAGGACUGUGAACCGGGUCUGCUGGAAGCGCUGGUGCUGAAACUCAAAUUACAGGUCUUCAGUCCCGGUGAUUACAUCUGUCGGAAGGGCGACGUGGGGAAGGAGAUGUACAUCGUCAAACGGGGCAGCUUGUCGGUGGUCGGUGAUGACGGGCUGCUGGUUCUGGCAACGCUCGGUGCUGGGUCGGUGUUCGGUGAGGUAUCGGUGCUGGAAAUUGCCGGUAAUCGAACCGGAAAUCGUCGAACAGCGAACGUGCGGUCAAUCGGAUAUUCGGAUCUGUUCUGCCUGGCAAAACGUGACUUGUGGGAAACUUUGGCUGACUAUCCGGAAGCGAGGGCGUCAUUGACGGAACGUGGGUGUCAAUUAUUGCGUAAGGAUGGACUGCUGGACGAAGCAGUUUUUGCCAGCGCUCAGCAGCAACAGGACACACUGGAAAGUGGAGUGGCCAAACUGGAGCAAACGGUGGAAAAUCUAAACCUCCGGUUGGCACGACUUCUAGCGGAAUACUCGGCCAGUCAGGCAAAGCUAAAACAGCGGAUUUCCAAACUGGAGGAGAGGUCUAUCACAUCGCCAAAACGACGCUCCAAUAACCAUAGUUCCCCCUUCGGCGGUACAUCCUCAGCUUCCGGCAACAAUCGCGCCCAACAGCCUCGAUCAUCGGCCCAGAAUCGACGCAAAUCGGAAGCAGCGCCAUCGACGACGAUGGCGACGAGAGGAGAGGCCAGCUCGCCGCAACCAUCGGGCCACAUGGCACCUCCAUCCAGCAAUGGCAAUAGCAACAGCAGCAAGCAGAACACAUUAUGAAUAUGCAGCAUUCACCGUCGUCAUUCUUCCGCUCCUCCUGGCCCGUGGUCAUGGUGGUAUUGGUGGCAACUUGACGUUUCGGCCGUGCCCUUGCAUAUCCUCUGGUGCUGGACUUCCAACUCCUUCUACGGUGACGACGAUGCAACGACAGCCCCUUACCGGCUUCGGCGGUGGGUGGUGGCCUGACGAUGGGCUGGACGUGACUAUGACGACAUUCAUUUUGUUCUUCAAAAGCGCACAGAUGUCACCUCUCGGAAGGACCUCAUCAUCCGACACCCACAGCCAUCGUCGACUUUCAUCGUCCUGUGCUGAUCGUCGUCACAAGAGGGGGGGGGAUUCAAAUCGUGCCUCGAUUCGGUCCGAGACGGGGUCACAACAGAUGGCGGCCUACGGUGGUGUGUUCAUGGUGAAAUGGUCCAUCAUUACACGAAUAUUUAUAUCUAUUCUUAAGAAGAUGUGUGCUGUGAAUAUUAAAUUUUG